UUCAGUCACGAUUGAGAGCUCAUCUUUUUCGUUUCUCUCUCUCCGUCUCUCUUUUGGUUAAUUAAGAUUUCAGAUUUAUCGGUGGGGAGCUUUUUUAUUUAUUGGAUUCAUGGUCCUGAUUCCUUCUGCUUGAGCUUCGAUUUGCGGGAGUUUCGUAGAUCUUAGAUGUUGAUGUGAUUCUGCGUUACAUGGUUCGAUUUUCUGGCAAAGGAGUGAGAUUUUCGGAAUCAUAGAGAUUGCUUGCAAAAGGGAUUGAGGCAAUUUUAGAUCUGGGGAUUGAUGGAAGGAAAGGUGGCUAGACCUAGAGGUAGGCCAAGGAAACGCCCAAGGCCAGAGGAUCAGAAUGGGGUGUCUAACCGAGGGAAGAGGCCGGUUUUGGAGAUGAAACCGGCGGUGCCAAAAUCCCUACUUGGUCGUUACGUGUUGAAAGAUUUUGAUGACAGUAAAGUUUCUCUUGGGAAGAUAGUUUCGUACAAUUCUGGGCUGUACAGAGUUGAAUAUGAGGACGGUGAUUUCGAGGAUUUGAAAAGUUGUGAUCUUCGCCAGUUAAUUAUUGGGGACAGUUACUUUGAUGAUGAGUUGCGUGCUAGAAGAAAUAAACUAGACGACAUUGUACUGAAGAAGGACAAAAAGAAGAAAAGAGAUAACCUGGAGAAGAAAGGGGUUGAGCCGCAAAAUCAAGUGAAUGGAGUUGAGGUGCCCACAUGUAGUAGCCCAGGUUCUGUGGCAGAGGUUGAAGGUGGUUAUUCGUCUUGUGGUUUACCUGAGUGUGAAGAUAGCAGAGAUCCAGAUAUCGAAAGUAUGUCUCCUCCUGUUCCAGUUCCACCACCAGUGGAUUUGCCUUCUUCAUCAGGAACAAUUGGUAUCCCUGAGGAGGCUGUGGUGAAUCUAUUAUCUGUAUACGGGUUCUUAAGAUCAUUCAGUGUUCAGUUAUAUAUCUACCCAUUUGGACUGGAUGAUUUUGUCGGAGCGUUGAAUUUCUUAGGACCAAAUUCUUUGCUGGAUGCCAUUCAUGUUGCCUUGAUGCGGGCACUGAAGGGUCAUCUUGAGAGACUCUCCUCUGAAGAGUCUGAAGUGGCUUCAAACUGCUUGAGGUGCAUUGAUUGGAGCUUGCUCGAUGCGCUAACUUGGCCUGUUUAUUUGGUUCAGUACUUUUCUGCCAUGGGACAUGCAAGUGGGCCUCAAUGGAGAGUUUUUUAUGAAAUUGUUGUGGAGAAAGAAUAUUAUUCCUUACCAGUAUUGAUGAAGUUGAAGAUCCUGCAAAUUUUGUGUGAUGACGUCUUUGAUAUAGCUGAUCUAAGAGCUGAAAUCGAUACUCGAGAAGAAUCUGAAGUUGGAUAUGAUCAUGAUGGAGUUACUGCUGAUCUUCCUGAAAAUGGACCUAGAAGGGUCCACCCCAGAUUUGCUAAAACCUCAGUUUGCAAGGAGAAAGAGCUUAGUGAAUUUGUUGCGGUUAACCAUGGGAUAAGCUCAAUGAAAGAGUCUAAAACUUUGAGUUCAAGAUGUACUGAUGGUGGUCCUAAUGGAGUUAGCUCAGAUCUGGACGGAAACAGUGAUGAAUGUAGGCUCUGCGGCAUGGAUGGAACGUUGAUCUGCUGUGAUGGAUGCCCUUUAGCAUAUCACUCAAGAUGCAUUGGUGUGGUCAAAAUGUAUAUACCAGACGGGCCGUGGUAUUGUCCAGAAUGCACUAUCAACAAAAUUGGGCCAACGAUUGCUCAUAAAACGUCACUCAGGGGUGCAGUGUAUUUUGGAGUGGAUCCACAUGGGCGACUGUUCUUGGGUACAUGCAACCACUUACUGGUGCUUAAAAAUUCUGUCCAUGCGGAUGCAGAUUUCAAAUACUACAAUGUCACUGACAUUCCAAAAGUUGUACUGGUGCUUUUGUCAGCAACGAAACAUAGAGUGGAAUAUCUGUAUAUAUGCAAAGCGAUCUCACAAUACUGGGAGCUGCCUGGAGGUGUGAACUCUUAUCUGAGAGCAGUGGAGACUGAUUUAGCUCACACGCCAAAGGAAGGGGGCGAGGAAGUGUCAGACAUGAUUGAGCCCGAUAGUACAAGUAGUUCCAGUAGAAAUAAUAUUCAAAAUGCAUUAGGCCUCUCCGCAUCUGCUUCAGUCAAUGCUGGCAGUCCUGUUUUAGGAAGAUCAAUUGGAACACAGGAUAAGAAUUUGGUUGCUGGCAUAACACUCAAGGGUUUAUCAUUUAAACCUCUUGCAUACAUUAACCAUUAUACAAAUGGAGAAUUGGCUUCAUUAGCUGGUGCUACUUUGGCUGUCCUAUUGUCAGAGGAAACCCAUGAACCUGAUCAACACAAGUUUAGUAAUGCCAAGAAAGCUGCCUCAAGUAACAUCCUGCUACAGGUGAAAGCAUUUUCGUUAGUAGCCUCAAGUUUCUUCUGGCCAAGUCCUGAUAAGAAGGAAAUUACCAGGGAAAGGUGUGGUUGGUGUCAUUCUUGCAAACUCACAUCAGCAAGUAGGAGAGGAUGCAUGUUAAAUGCAGCUGUAACUGGGGCCACUAAAAGUGCUGUGAAAAUCAUCAGUGGCCUUUUCCCUCUGAAGAACGGGGACGGAGUACUUUCUAGUAUUGCAGCAUAUAUCUUAUAUGUCGAAGAAAGCUUACGUGGUCUCAUAGCGGGGCCAUUUCUCAGUGAGAGCCUUAGAAAACAGUGGCGUAAGAAGUUAGAGGAGGCCUCAACAUGCAAAGCGAUGAUAGCCCUCCUGCUUGAACUUGAGGAAAAUAUUUGCAGUAUUGCUCUGUCAAACGAUUGGCUUAAAUUAAUGGAUGAUUGGUUGAUAGAACAUUCUAUGUUUCAAAGCGCUCGAGUUACUGUUGGGGCCACACAGAAACGUGGACCUGGUAAGAGGAGGCAUAGGAACCAGGCUGAAGUUACAGCCGAAGGUCCUGAUGAUGAUAGCUUUACUUGGUGGCGAGGUGGGAAGUUAUCAAAAGUGGUACUCUUGAAGGCAGUCUUGUCGAAGCCAAAUAUAAGGAAAGCAGCUUGGCAAGGUGGUCUGAAAAAGUUUCCUGAAUUUAGUUAUGGUGAUGGCGCUUACAUUCCUAAAAGAAACAGGCGGUCUAUUUGGAAAGCUGCAGUUGAAAGUAGCAAAAACAUUUCUCAGCUUGCUCUUCAGGUUAGAUACCUGGAUAUGAAUAUAAGAUGGAGUGAACUUGUACGCCCAGAGCAAAACGUGCAAGAUGUUAAAGGUCCAGAGACAGAGGCCACUGUAUUUAGGAAUGCUCGUAUUUGUGACAAGAAGAUUAUAGAUAACAAGGUUAGAUAUGGAGUUGCCUUUGGAAAUCAGAAGCAUCUUCCAUCUCGUGUCAUGAAGAAUGUCGUCGAAGUUGAGAAAACUGAAGAUGGAAACGAAAAGUACUGGUUUCAUGAAGCACGCGUUCCCUUAUAUUUGACCAAAGAAUAUGAAGAAAGUUUGCAUAGAGUCCAUGUGCCUAUUAUCAAGAAGCCAUCAAAAAGAAUAUCAAAACUUCAGAAAAAGCAACUGAAAGCUUCUCGAGCAAACAUAUUUUCUUAUCUAGCCUCUAGGAGGGACAACACGGAGAAGUGUUCUUGUGCGUCAUGCCAUCUUGAUGUUUUAUUGAGGGAUGCAACAACAUGCAGUGCUUGCCAAGGUUUCUGUCACAGGGAAUGCACUAUGAGUACACAACACACAGCUGGGACGGCUGAAAUUCUAGUAACCUGCAAACGGUGCUACCUUGCAAGAGCUCGUUCACUAAUCAAUGUCAAUCAGAGACAUCCAACAACACCCACUGUCCUGAUCAACGGACAACAUCCAAACCCAGUCACUCCACUCAUUAAGACACAGAUAAAGCCUCUUAACCAACAGUUAUCAUCUUCCAACAUACGCGACAACGCAUCAGGAGUUAAACAAAUCACUCCUGAUUCUAAUGUGGCACCCAAGAGUAAACAAAAGACAUUGUCUUGGGGAGUCAUAUGGAGGAAAAAGAACUUGGAAGACACAAGUGCUAGCUUCAGACAUCAAAAUGUUUUGUUGGCUGGACAAUCUGAUCAGCCGAAUCUGGAACCAGUUUGUUGGCUCUGCAAACUGCCGUAUAAUCCUCGUCUAACAUAUAUUCACUGUACAAGUUGUGACAAGUGGUACCACAUUGAAGCGAUCAAGCUCGAGGAGUCGAAAAUUCCUGAAGUUGCUGGGUUCAAGUGUUGCAAAUGCCGUCGUAUACGAUCACCAGAUUGCCCUUACAUGGAUCCCAAACUCAGGGAACAGAAACAGAUGAAAAAUGUAUUCUCCAAGCGCCAGAAACAUGGGCAAGGAAAUACCGGAUUGGAUUCUGAUUCUGAAAGAAUGUCUGAACCAAAAGACUCGAUACCCUCUACUCCGUCGUAUCCCCUCGAAGAUGCGUUUGUUCCAGAUGAUGAUCCUCUCUUGGUGUCAGUUUCAAAAGUCGAACAAAUGGCAUCUAACAAUUUGGAUGUCGGAUGGAACGGUGAUGGUUCUGUGCCGGUACCCCAGAAGCUACCAGUUAGGAGACGAGUGAAGCGUGAAGACACAGAAGGGGACAAUAAUCUUUCUUAUACCGAGUUUUCAACGCAUCUGGAGUCGCAGCCUUUUGUGAAACCAGAAAUGGAGCCAACAUUGCCUGUCAUGGAAUGGAAUGCACCUAACAGCAACGACAACAACAACAACAUGAUUGAAGGCGAGCUAAUGUUUGACUACGAAGACAUGGAAUUCGAACCCCAAACCUAUUUCUCGCUGAACGAGUUGCUUACAACAGAUGAUAGUGGCCAGUGCAAUGGAUUUGGUAAUGACAAGGAUGCUUCAGGAAACACAGACAACCCAAACCCAAACCCUCAGGCUGAGACAAUGGAACAGUGCAGAGCGUUUCUCUAUGACAAUACAACUCCAUGUCAGAUAUGUAUGCAUGUGGAGCCAGGGCCUGAUCUCACAUGCCAGACUUGUAAUAUGACAAUACAUUCCCACUGUUCUCCAUGGGAGGAGGAAUCUACUUGCACCGGAGGUAGCUGGAGAUGUGGUCGUUGCCGUGAGUGGAUGUAGCUUAAGUUACCACUUGAAAUUCUUUUUGUUUUUUUCUUCAAUUCUGGCUUCAGGCUAGGCCCCAUCUGCUGCUGCUUUUAGGGGUUUGAUGGAUACAAAGAAUAUGUGCUGUCAAACAAAAGAAGUAAAUUAAAUUCAUAUGAAAUUAAGUAGAAGUUUUCCUUGCAA